CGAACCCAUCUCGAAGCCCGACGACCUUUCUCAUCGAAUCCUGUUUGAUCACAUUUUGUGAUAAACGAUACAUUAAAUCAAACAAUCCACCCGAAGUUCAUACCCUACUCCUCUCUCUCCUUUCCCCCCCGCAAGUUUCUACUACGAACGUUCUGCGUAAUUUUAUUCACCCCCAAUGUCAAAAUGAUGCGUGCUACUGCAGUUUGCAGUCGGACGAACUCCAAAAAUAUCGAUACUCCGGUUUCAGAUAUCCAUUUUGAAAAUCUUACCGAAGAACUUGGCGAAAAAACAAUAAUACUUAAAUAUGUUGACGUUACUUAUGUCACGUUCGAUGUAACCGCAACGUUGAAGUAGAUGUCGUUCGCCGUUGAUGAUAACAUCGUAGAAUAUUUCAGUACUACGUAGGAUGAUAAUCGUCACAAUACCGUAGUAUUCGCUUAGAUCGCGUUGUUCAAUGUUGGGUAUAGUUAUACAGUUAUAUCGUACGAAACUUUAUUUGGUCCUAAUUAAAAUCUAAACUAGGUAAAACUGGAUAAUUAACAUAAUUGCUGACGUUUUAAAAAACAUAAAAAUAUGCUCGUUUGAUACCGAAUAUCCAUCAGUAGUUACACGUGCGUCGAACACGCUUUUUCAAAUAAAACCAGUCGAAGGGUAUACUAAAACAAAUAUUCAUGUAGUUUCAAUCGUUACGUAAUAAAUAAUUAAUAAAUUCGUCGACGAUACGUAAAUGUAAGUGUUUAUUAUUCCACGAGAGUGAUGUAAUCCUGCGAAUGAAUUAACUUCCCUGUAAAAGGAAAAAGGAUGAAAACUAACGUCGCUAGAUAUGUACAUAUAAAUGAAUAAUAUUAUUUUAAAACUACGUCAGCGAAGUCCUGUGAUAAUAUUUUGUAAUUAACUAACGAGUAAAUACGUAACAAACAAUAAUUACGGACGUAGAUCGUAGAUAUUUGUUACACGAUGCUUUUAUCAACCAGUUUUGAUUAAUUAUAGAAAUCGAAUCCACACGGUAUAUCCAACGUAAUACUCUGACCUAUAAUUACUGCUCUAAAUCGGAGUUGGUAUAGGUGUGAUAUCCCGAUAUAGGAUCUGACAGUUUAGUAGAAUGUAGUACUCGACGGUGCCCUGUUAACGGUUGAAUUAAAUAUGGACGUUACUAUUUCUGCGCUAACAAAGACGCCGUAGUGUAAUGCAAUCAUAAAUUAUUAUAGAUCGAGCAAAUCGAGGGUCCAAGGCGCUCGCGUGAUCGAAAAUUAAUUAACAAAUAAAGAGACGAUUGAUGUUAAAAAAAGGGAAUAGAUAAAUAAUUGACAGCCAUGGCGUCGUUACGCCUCGAUCGAUAUGCCGUUUUAUAAACAAUUAACAUCCGGGUGAACAUGGGGGAUUAACUCGGAUGUAAAAAAAGAACGAGAAAAGAAGAAGAAAAAAAAAUAAAAAAAAAUCGAACCACUUGUAAGAUGAAUCUCAAGAGUUAUUGGUCGGUGCAAGUUAUUUUAUUUUCACUGAUUUGUGAUAUUCUGCCGAGAUCAGCGGUUUGCGUUACGGAACUACAAAUUGAAAAACUGAAGGAGUUGUUGCGACAUCAACAAAAGAGAAGGCCGCCUUUCAUCGAGAGAAAAUUAAUUCAAGAUAACACCAGGAUGGAAAAACUUCAGGUUGGAAAUAACGGUGGUCAGAUAAUGACUCUGAGGGAAUUUGAAAAAUUACAAACGACUGGUGAAUUGUCGGAGAAUCUUCACGAUGGAUCUCCCCCGGAUUCUGGAUCGGAAAGAUCGGCACCUGCGGCUACACUAAUAAGACACGGUAGAUCCAGAGGUCAUUACGCUAGACAAGUGAAAAUCGAAGACAUAGACGAAGUUUUUAUCGGUAUGAAAGGAAAACGUAAAUUCGGACCGAGUGCGAUAAGAAACUCGAGUUUUAUCAGCGAAUUAGAGGUGGUGGCGCAAAAUUUUAUCGAGGCAAACGACAACGUUACGGAGACAACCGUCACGAACGAAUUCACGGAGGAAAAGAUAAACUCGACCAGAAAUAUACUCCAGGAGAAAGCUGUUCGAAAGUUGGGUAAAAUUUUAAACGAAAUGCAUCCGAGAAUCGAUCAAGUGGCAUCGGUAAAAGAUGGACAGAGUCGUAGAAACCAACGACUUCAGACUAAACUUGGUGCAGGAAGUGCGAUCGGUUAUCCAUCCGGUGAAACGAGUGCAAGUGCAGGCUCCCUGGGAAAACUCCGAAAAGUAUUCUCUCAGGAUAAAAAAUCCAGUCAGUUCGACACGGACAGAGAAAAUUCGACCGCGGACGACUUCGGUGUCCUGGUUCAUACCGGGUCCAAGGACGAUAAAAGGACGGGCGACAAUUUCGGUAGAUUAAGACCGGACGAUUACGAAGUUUACGACGAUAUCAACGAUUCGCGAAACUCGUCCAAGUGGUUGGAAAAAAAUUUAAACGAGUACGAAGACGAGCCGGUGGAAAUCGUCGGCAACCGUACGGAGAAGCAGAGCGUCAAAGUCGACAUAGUGACGCGUUUCCUCCGGAUAAUCGAGAAUCAGCAUUUGCUGGGUGAAAAUUGCACGGCGGGUACCGAUCUGCAUCUCGGCGAAGGUGUCGUCGAUCUUUACGCCCAGGAGAGAUUUCGCCUCGAAGCUAAUCUGGCCGUGAACAGAGCGAAUAUGUUGACGAGAUUGUGGAAAUAUGCGCCGGAAGUUAUGCUCUCUUCCGAGUACCUACUUCACGCCAGUAUCCUAUCGAUGGUUGAAUUCGACGAGGAUAUCUUCGCCGCUGGGAAUUGCUACGACAAACUGCAAUAUCGAGAUCAUUGGCUCUACUGCCCGUUCGCACAUCGACUGCAAAACCAGGACGCCGUGCUGGUGAAAGAUCUCGCCGUCGAGUACAAAUAUCUCAGCAAUAGCAGCGAGUGGUUCUACAUCGCGAGGAAGAACGCGGAGAGAGUCAUCGCCAGUAACAAUCAGUUCAGCCACGGCAUUCAUACCUACACGCAUAACGAGAGCGCCCACACGGAACGAGUCGAGGAGGAAAUUUUGACCGUGAAAUACGAAGAUGGCCGCUGGUCUAAGCCUUACUACGAUUGCGGGGGAGGCAACAUCUGGAUGCUCACGUACACGGUGCCUUUCUUCGGAUACGCCAACGACACGUAUUUCUUCAAGGGAACCAGCGGAAUCGACAUAGAUCUGCGAAGAGUCGACAUCGAUCAAUGUCCUCUACCCGAGGGAUCCACCCAACUCAACGUAUUCGCUGCCAGUGACAAAUGCAAGAACAGAACUACCGAGUGUGUCGCCAUCCCGGGACUUGGUUUUCGCCGAGGGAGUUAUCGCUGCGUUUGCAAACGUGGAUUUUAUUAUCCAGAGAUUAAAUCGACCACCCGAUAUUACAACGGGACCGUCAUCGAAGAAGAAUAUGAAAAAUUAAUGAUGGAUAUGGAGAGCCAGUACUCCGUGGACGGGGUGUUCGAGUGUCUUCCCUGCGCCGAAGGGUGCGAAUCGUGCGUGGACGGAUCGCCCUGCGUGGUAUCGUUGAACUGGUUGAUGAGAACGGCUAUUUUGAUCCUCGAGUGUUGCAUAAUUGCCUGUCUACCGGCGGUCGUUCUUUUCACCUGGAAAUAUGGACGCGUCAAGGUCGUGAGAGCGGCGAGUCCCGUACUUUUGCGGGUGAUCGCCUUGGGUGCUUUUUUCAUUUAUUGCACGACAAUUGUCAUGUAUCCGAGGCCGAACGUCUAUACUUGUACAGUCAGAGUCUGGCUACGGGAGAUUGGAUUUUCAUUGACUUACGGAGCUCUGAUGCUAAAGACCUGGCGAAUAUCGGUGAUAUUUCGCGUGCGUUCGGCGAGGGUGGUGAAAAUAACGGACAUGAAUCUACUGAAACGUUUGGGAAUCAUAGUCGGGAUCCUCAGCGUUUUCCUCAUGAUUCGCACCCUCGUAGCACCACCGGUCGUCAUCGUAGGUCGUACGGCUGACGAUCUCAAAGCGUAUCUCUGCAAAACCGACUGGUGGGACCACACCUUCACGACCCUGGAGGUACUGUUCCUGGUAUGGGGAAUAAGGCUUUGCAUCGUAGUAAGAAAAGCUCCAUCGGAAUUCAAUGAGAGUCGUUUUAUUUCCGUAGCAAUUUACAACGAGUUUCUGCUGUCGGUAUUUCUCAACGUUUCAAUGUUUUUUUUACAGUCUUCGGCUAAUCCGGAUUUACUUUACAUCAUAUUUUUCUGUCACACUCAGCUGACGGUCACGCUUCUGCUGUGUCUAAUUUUUGGAAGUAAGGCGUACAUGGUUUUCCGUGGCGGAGACAAGGAGGAUUCGGUUGGCAAACUUCCUGGUGCCACGGGAAAAUUCUUAGGAAAAUCCUGCCGCACACAAGGGACGAGCAAUCAAACCAAUUCCAUCACCCUACAGCAGGGAAAUUUCACCGAAGAGAUCGACGGAUUUUCGGACGAGUUCCUUCGAAUUUAUACUCAACUCGAGUACCUAAAAGAGAAAAAUAUGCGUCUCGGUAACCGUCACGUGGUUGCGAAAAUAACAGCGAUGCAAGACGCGGCGAAUCGCGGCGAGCCACAAGUUUCAACGAUCCAAGCGGUUUCCUCCAGUCUCAGACUCAACGAUUUGAGUUGUUCCGCGAGCGAAUUAGAUCCGGAAACGAAACAGCGAACGAAAGAAAAAGAAGUCGCUAAAAAUAUAGAGAAACUUAAUAAAGAAGCGGUGCGCAAUGGCUCUAAGACGAAAGAGACGAAUUUAGACGCAAAAAAUACGAACACUCCGGAGAUAAAGGUAGACAAGGUUGAUUCUAAGGAGAUCUUGGACAAGAAACUUCUCGAUGCUUCGGUGGUAGAGGAAAAAGGGAACAAGGAUACGGUUUCUAACUCCUUACGAGCUCCUGUCGCCGGUCAAGAGGACACACUCGAAGUUACCCCCGACGUUAAAGUCAAGGAGGAACCGCCCAAGGAGAAGUGUACAAAUAAAUCGGGACACGCCAGGACUCGUGCUAUAGUUAUUAAUUUGGACGACAAAAGUAGAUUUUCGGAAGAAGUCACCGUAUAAAAAAUUCAUACACAAAUAUUAAUUAUACAUAUAAAAUGCACAUUUAUAUAAAAAUGAAAAAAUACGAUUCAUUCACGCCUAUUGUUUCAUCGAUUCGAUAAUGAUGAUAUUCAUUCUAGCUUUGUACAAUUAUUCAAAUUAUAUACCUACGUAUACAUAUAUAAAUACGACCCGUUAAAUCUUAUAGUAAAGCAAUUUAGUAUUAUUAUUAAAUCUUUAUUUUACCUUGACCAUUCUUUUCUUUCUCAUCGUUAAUAAUUUACAUAUGUAUACACAUAAAUAAUGAUUCUUCCAAAUACCUCCGAGUAUUAUUUCAUAUACAUAUAUGAAUAUAUUGCAUAGAUUAUAUUAUAUUUGUACAUGAAAAAAAAAAAAAUUAAUAUUUCUAGCCAAAAAGUUAUAAAUAAUAUUAUUAUACGAUUUGUAAAUAAUGCUUAUACCGUAAGGGUCUGUUGAAAGUGUUCGCGAUCCACGCGUGCGUUCGAAUAUAUUCGAAUAUUCGAAUUUCUGGGUCUCCGAGCGAGCCCGAGCUGUGCUGGAGUCAGCGUAGCCACCAGCGUAGCGGUUUGUUGUUGUCUACAGCCCUCAAGGUGACGAGGUGACGCGUCACAACAAACCGCUUAAGCUGUUGGCUGCGCUGACUCCAGCACAGCUCGGGCUCGCUCGGAGACCCAGAAAUUCGAAUAUUUUUACGCCCGCGUGAUCGCGACCACUUUCAACAGAUGCUCAGGGUAUAGUGUUCAACUUCGCGCUUAGGUGUACGAUGAUAAUAAUGAUAGUAAUAAUUGUAGAGUAGAAAUGAAAAAUUGACCUGUUAUCUAAAUUGAGGGGAAAAAAAAAAAAAACUUUUAAUUACGUACACGUGUAUAUUUUAAAAGGAACGUAAGGUGGGAGUAAAAAAAAAAAAUAUGAAUAAGAUUAAACGAAAAAAAAAUUCGAUUGUAAAUAAUUUGUACAUAGCAUUUAACGCUUCUAUAUAAUGUUAUAUAGUAUAAAUAUAUGAAUCCGUGUAUUAUCAACAAUUUAUCGAACGACGUUGUUAAACCUAAAUAUCGUUAUGAAAAUGAGAGGAGAAAAAAUGAGAAAAAAAAAAAGAAUC